CCCUAAUUUUCCGCCAUAUUUUUUGGUUGGUCGGCACCUCCACGGACUCCGGAGUCCGCUCGGUUCCCCUCCUCAAGCUCGCCUCCUCCUCCCCUCGCGCCGUCGCGCGUUGCUGCUGACUCCGGAGCAAAAUCGAGCGAGCGCGGCGGAUCAGGUGGUGCUCUCCCUGCGCCGCCGCGCGCGCGCCCUGUUGGUUUUGGAACGAGCGGGCAGGGCAGGGCGGAGCCGGGAGAUCGGAGAGGAGCAGAGAAGAAGCUGGCCAUGGGGUCGGUGGAGCGGAUCACGUCCAUGCCUCGGCGGCAGGUCCAAGCCCGUGAUGGGUCGGUUGCUUCAUUGGCUAAACGAACGGGCUCACCCUGCCAACAGGAAGAUGAUUAUGAAGGUGCCAAAACUAUGACAAAUCCAUGGACCUUCCUUCCAGAGGACAUCUGGUAUCAUAUACACUCCUUAUUGCCACUAAAAGAUGCCGCUCGUACUGCAUGCGUGUCUCACACAUUUCUACGUUCAUGGAGAUACCGCCCCAACCUUGUCUUUAGUGAUGCAAAACUGGGGCUGAGUGGCUUGUCGGAAAGUGAUGAAGUAACCAAGGAACUCAACGAAAAAGUUGACCUCAUUAUGAAAAACCACUCAGGCAUUGGCUUGAGGACAUUCGGGCUCGAAUAUUAUAAUUUGGUCGAUGCCUCUUAUCUUGACCGUUGGCUCCAGAUUGCUGUUACACCAGCAAUAGAAGAACUCAUCCUUAUGUUUUUUCCAGAGAUCAAGGCAAAGUACUACGACUUCCCAUUCUCACUUUUAUUUGAUAGGGGUGGAAACUCGAUUAAGCAUCUUCGCCUCAGCUACUGUGCCUUCCGUCCUACCACUAGUCUUAAUUUCUUGCAAAGACUGCAUCUGUUUGAAGUGCGUAUUACUGGGGAUGAAUUGGGGUGCCUUCUUUCCAACUCUUUUGCUUUAGAGCAGUUGAAACUCACACAUUGUAAAGAGCUCAAUUACCUCAAGAUACCUUGCGUGCUACAGAGGCUCAGCAAGCUGACAGUGUUUGGAUGCACAACAUUGCAAGUGAUUGAAAUUAAAGCUCCAAACCUUUCAACCUUUGAUUAUGAUGGUAAUUUAGCAGGACUAUCAGAUGGAGGUUUGCUGCCAGUGAAGAACCUACACUUAUCUUCCUUUUAUCAGCAUCAUACUAUUCAAUACACAUGUGCCAAGCUUCCAUCUGUUGCGCCGACUAUCGAAACUCUCACCAUAUUUUCAGAAAGCGAGAGGUUCAAUACACAAAUUUCACCAUUCAGAUUCCUUCAUCUCAAGUGCUUGACGAUUUCUCUUAGCAUAUACCGUGGGGGCUUUUCCCCAUCAAAUGAUUAUCUUUCUCUAGCUUAUUUUCUUGAUGCGUCUCCUGUCUUGGAGAUUUUCACUUUGACCGUAUCACAGACUCGUAUGAAGCAUCACGUGAUUUCUGAAGAUUCCUCAUAUCUGAGGCAGAUGCCAGGACACCGCCAUGUCAACCUCAAGAAUGUGAAGAUCAUUGGGUUUUGCUCUGCAAAGAGCAUGGUAGAGCUGACUUGCCAUAUUAUUGAGAAUGCAACAUCACUAGAAUCCCUUACUCUAGACACAAUAUGUGAUGAUUAUGAAAAUCCUGAUAGGCUAUCUGUUCACGAAAUUGGUGAGUGCAGCCCCAUAUGUAGGCAAAUGAUCAUGGAGGCCAAAAACGCGCUCUUGGCUAUCGAAAGAUACAUUGUGGGGAAAGUCCCCUCUACAGUCAGGUUAGAUGUUCUGAAGCCCUGCAGCUGGUGCCAUGCCUUUGAAGUUUAGGUGUUAAAUUGUGGCGAUGUUGAAUUAUGUGGUGUUGCUUAAGCUAGGUGUGGCUUGUUUCUUUAGCUAUAGGAUGUACCUGCUGUUUUAGGUCCUGUGGUAUUAUUGCAUGGGUUGUGCUUUGUCAGUGUUCUAAUGUCAUGUUACAUGUUCAGUUAUAUUAUAAUCAAGAAGCAUUCUUUCUUCUGGCUAUCUCUGCUUUA